GAUGAGUUGGUAGAGACGCCAUCUUACCCCUUAGCAUCUAUGUAAACUUUCUUUUAGUUGUGAGAUUUUGUGUCUGGAAUAUGAAACAGAAAGUUUAUGCAUUGACAAUCAGACUGGAGUAAUCUUUAUAUAGUUUAAAGCUUACAGUUGAUGCAUUUGGUUGCCAUGGCACCAACUCGUAAUUCAGAUGAAAGUGAUGCCUCAAUGAGAGAACGUCUUGUAAACAGUCUUAGUCAGAGUUUCCCAGGAAGUGCUUUGUCGAAGGCUUUAAGUUGUAUGUCAGCCGAGGACUCGGAUGAUGACAUGAAGGAUCCUUUGAGUAGUAGCUGUUUUGCUGAAUUAAGACUGGAUAAAGUUGACAUAGAAGAUGAUGAUGAGCUAACAAGUUUAUCUUGGCUACAAGACAAUGAUUUAUUGAAGAAUAUUAAACCUAGUGAUGUUGAUGAUGAUGACGACUCACAAAAAGAGAAUGACAACAUUCACAGAGACGGCAACCAUUUCAACCCAACUCAUCCACCACAUGUACCGUACAAUCCCCAGAAGCAUAUACAUAGUAAACCGCCAUACUCUUUCAGUUGUUUAAUUUUCAUGGCAGUUGAGGAUUCACCACACAAAAAGUUACCAGUCAAAGAUAUUUACUCAUGGAUCUUAAACCACUUCCCAUACUUUCAGAAUGCACCAACUGGUUGGAAGAAUUCUGUGAGACACAAUCUUUCGCUCAAUAAGUGCUUCAAGAAAGUUGACAAGGAUCGUGGCCAGAGUAUUGGUAAGGGAUCACUAUGGUGUAUAGAUCCCGACUACAGACCUAACCUACUCCAAGCUCUCAGGAAGACCCCAUAUCAUCCAUAUCAUCAACUACAAAUGUUGGCUAAUCCACAACCCACACAGCAAUACCAUUAUGUUCCAAAUGGCAUGAGGCCUAUGCCAUUAACCCCAAGAUUCGGACCAAAUACCAUCUCUCCUCAUCUGUUUCCAUUUUUAAGUAAAAGAUUGGCACAAUCAAAUAGUGAUAACAAUGAUAUUGACAGAGACAUACAAGAUGUUGCUCAUACAUUGGUUUCUCUUAAAGGACUGGGCAGUCGAGGGUCACCAGCAAGGUCAUCUGAUGGUGAAGAUUAUGCUUCAAACAGUUACAGAAUGAGAUUGAAAAGAAAGCAAAUGCAACUAAAGACAGACUUUGUUAAGCGACGACACACAGAGCCAAUCGUAGUUACAGAAGUACCCAGUGAAGAUCAUACAUACAGUUUAACAAACUUCGGUAACAUUGGUUCACCAGCUUCUUCAAUUGAUGAAGAAUAUGACUUCGGAGAAGAAGACGAUAAUUUCAGUGAGUGUAGCGAUAUGUCUGACUGGGAUAGUGAUAUGGAUGAGGUGGAUGGAGAUAUUCCAGAUAAACAUACAAAAUUAACCCCUCAUAAAAACAUUCAGAAUAGUAGUAUGGUAAAAAUGACUUCUAGGAAACGAAAAGAAAUGGAGGAGGAAGAACAGAAAAAAAUUGUAGAAGGUGCUGAUGCAUUAUUAAACUUAGCUGGUAUAAUGACAAACUCUAGUUCACUUAAAACGAACAGAUCACAUUCAUGAUUAUAACUUGGAUAGCCAUGACGACAGAAAUAGUGCAGGGAAAACAUAAUGCCAUAGAGAGGAAAAUGAUGUCUUCCUUUUUGCUGCUUUGUAUAUAGAAUACUUCCAUAUGUUUAUGUUUAUUUUUCUUUUUUAUGUGAACUUUUUUGCUGUCAUUAUGGGAUUUGUUUGUUGUUUUCUAUCUGUAGACACUAUAUGUUUUUUUGUUUUUUUUAAAUAACUUUAGGCUUAGUUGACCAAUCCUAUUGAAAUUUUAACAAAGUAUUUAUUGGCACAAAAAGUCUGGUUAUGAUUUUUGAUUGUGGCUUCACCUGUUGUGAAAAAAAACGCUAAAUUUUAAGCAUUUUAUUUUUAAUAAAAUCCCUAUCUGGACUACAUCAACAGAUUUUAAGAAUCAGGAAGGGUCAAAAUUGGUUAAAAUUUCUUUCAAAUGUGGACUAAUUUUUUUGGCUGAAUUCCAUGUCCAUAUUCCUGCCAGCAUUUAACAUGUUUAAAUAUUAAUUUUUGUGCAACUGUACUGAAGAGAGGUACUGCAUUGUUUACAUUGUUUAAUGGAACACUGUUAAAGAUGUAUUUUUAUUUCAGAAUGUUUAAGUUAGUAUUUAAGAAAUUCAGGAACAACAGAUAAAUUUGAUCGUUUGUAUUAUAUAUCCUUCUAUUGUGAAAUUUAUUUUUUUUUCUUUAAGCUGGUAUUAUAUAUAAUAUUCUCUAAUUUUUGUGCUAUUUUCACAUUUCUUGAUCAGUGUGAGAAAAAUAUUUCUCCUCACUAGUGAAAUAUCUGUUCUCGGCAAAUGAUUGGUUGAAAUUUAAUUAUGACGUCAAAGUUUCUUGGUUUCUUCUGAAUUUUCCUACUGUGACGUCAUGAAAAAAGACGACCGUGCCUGAUGACGUCACAUAUAAAGAACACAACUUUCUGCAAAUCUUUGAAAAGGAAGGAUAAAAAUCAUUAGAGAAACAGAUUCCACCACUAUAACUCAUUUAUUACGAUAUUUCUCCACUCUCAACAGUUAAAUUUUAGUUAUUUAAAAAGCUUGGCAAGCCUCGCGCUUUAAAUAUUAAAAUUUAACUGUCUCGAGUGGAGAAAUAUUGUAACACACUUGUUGUAGUGGUGAAAUCUAUAUUUUACUAAUCUGUUCUUCAUUCUUGUUUUACUUCUCUGAAAUCAUAAGGUGUUCAAAAUCAACAUUGAUUGUGCAGAUAGAUAUUAAAGUUUUUGAGGAGAAAAAACGCUUUCCUGGUGAAUUUGUAUACAAGUCUUCCUUAAUUUUAGGACAAUUUUUUAAUAAAUAGACUGUAGAGAUCACAUAUCCAGACAGCACACUAAGACUCUUUAGAUGUUUGCACACAGAUUAAACUCUUUUUAUUAUGAGUCGUCGGAUAUUAUGUUGUAUUCAGUUAACAUUGAGGAUUGUAAUUAAUUGUGCCAACUAAGUGAAGGCCAAGGUGCUGUUGUUUCAAACCUUUAGGUGCUAAGCAAUUUAAUGUCAGUCCUUUUUACUUAAAAAUGACUGCAGUAAAUUUUGACUUUGAGCUUUAAGAAAUUGAAGAAAGGCAAUUUGCACAAAAGCCUUUUUUUUUUCUUUUAAUGAAGUUUAUUUUUACUUCAUUUAUGUAUCACUAUAGAAAUGAUUUAUUAAAAGUCACAGAAUUUUGUGCAAAUUGGUUAUUUAAAUGUGCAAUUUUGAAUUGUACCCGUAUGUGUUCAAAUUUAUAUUUGGUCAUUAUAUUAAGUCAGGGCCAUUUAUGGAUUAGUCAUGCGCAAUUAUGUGGGGAAUAACUCACAAUUUCUGUUAUGUUAGCUCUAGUGGAAUGCUGAAAGAAGACUUAAAUUUGAAAUCUGUUAUCAAAUGAUUUGAUGUAAUAGUUUUGUGAUUGUUUCAAAUAGCAUAUAUUUGUAUUUCAACAAUAACAAUAUAAAGGUUUUCUUUAGAUGCCACAUUUUUUAAUUUUAUGAAUGUUGCUUCUUGUCAUUAUUUUUUUUUAUUUUACAAAUGCCAUGAAUGUUACAAAUUUGCCAAUUCAAUGCCAAUACAUUCCUUAAAACAAAGUUUUGACCUUAGUCAACCUUUCAUCAGAUUAUCAAGAAAAUAUCUUAUGGGCAAGCUUUCCACUUGCAAUGAUUAUAUUGCCUGAUUCUAUACAAAAGAUUAAGAUAUAGCAUUGGUAGUUACUGCAGCUAAGAUUAAGAACCUUUAUUUUUUUAAAUUGGGACUUGAUAUUUUAAAUUUGGUAACCACCGAUCAAGGUUAAAUCUUUGAAAAGUAAAAGUUUACGCCCAACACUAGACAGUCUUUGUUUUAGAAAUUAAAUCAUAUACUAACAUUACAUCAUUUAUUGAUAAAUAUCGAAGACAGUUACAAAAAAUUAUUAAAAUUAUUAUAUACUAUUGAGAUAAAAUGGUGUGUUCAUAAACUGUUUUAAUUGUCCAUGUGACAGUUGGCACCCAGUGCUAAAGCUUGGGUAUUGUUUGUUAUAUAAGUUGUUAAUUUUUGUUGUUAAACAUUUUUUAACCUGUUGUACAUUUUAAGACAUGUAUGUAAAUAUCAUUGAAUACUCAGUUAAUAUUUAGUGCUUAGAUAUAAUGUAUAGGCAUUAUUCACUUUUCAUAAAUACUUUUAUCGCUAUUUUGUGAAAUUUUCCUUUGAUCUUACUGACUGAUAAUUUCCUUUCUCAGCACAGUAGAGUUGAUAUGAAAAAUUAUCGCUAGAAACUAAGGGCGCACAUGCUGUUGUCAAUGAAAUUAACAACGUCGUCAUAGGUAAAAUAGCAAUAAACAGAUUAUCAUCUCAACUCGAUUGCUUUUCUCACUUUCACCGCACCGGCUCAAGUGAGAAAAUCAAUCUCGUUGAGAUGACCAACGAUAAUCUAUUAAUUAUACAAACUCGACAUCAUUUUUUAUGCACAUUAGAUGAAUUCAAAAGAUAAAAUACCAAUCCUGAAUGGUUGGUCGUAUAUACCAGGCUUGUCUAUCCUUAUAGGUAAUAGAAAGUAACAGAUUUCAAAAGGCUAAAAUAGGUUAAGGUGUAGGCAAGUCUGUAUAAACUUUUAUGUUAUUUUAUGAAUUCAAUAGAAACCUUAAGACCAGACAAAAGCUUUGAAGAUAUCCUUUCAUUAAUAAAACCUUACUACAAUCUCCAGAUGAACAAUUACAUACUGAUUUAAUUUUGUUAUACAACGACAUUUUAAUUUUAAUGCUGGAAAUGAAAUCUAGUUAAAACAGAAAGAAUGUUGAAAUUUUCUAAUUUAUAAAACUAGCAUCUGAAAUGACCUGAGAUAAUUGAAAAUUACAAUUAUGUUUUAAAUUUCUAUAUAAAUGAAUUAGAUAAACAAUAUAUUUACAAGUUGUUAUUUAAUAUAUAUCUUCAAAUGUUAUGAAAAUAAUUUACCAUCUGUUACUAGACUUGUGUAAUUUAUAUACAUGGAUGUUCACUUCUAACAUGUAUUUUUUCUACAUUUUUUUUAUAAGAUAGAUAUGUAUAUGCCAAAUGUCUUCGUUAAAAAUGUUUGUUUUUAUGUAAAAAGGGGUAGUGGUGAUGUUAAUUUUUUAAGGUGAAUUUUUUUUAUAUUUUGUCUGGAAAAUAACUGCAGCAAAUAAUUUUGGAUGAAAAAUCCAGAAUAUUGUAAACAUUUACAAUGAAUUCACUCGUAAAGUUUGAACAAGAAAUUUAUGAAAUAUUGCAAAGAUCAUCAAAAAUAUGAACCAAAAACAAAGCUCAGAUGAGAAUGUUCUGGAUUAUUUAAAGACUAAUUGUUUUACACUAAAUUUUGGUUGAGGAAAAUGUUCUUAAAAACAAAUCACUAUUGACUUAUAUUUUUAAAGAAAUUUAAAGUUCAUCCUCCAAAAACUUUGCUGUACAAUAAAUUUUUUUAAUCUUCAUUUAAAUAACAAAAUUAAAUUCUAUUUUCAAAAGCUUAAUCAUGUUAAAACUUUAAGAAUCAUACAAUGAUUGAUUUCCAUUCAAGAUACUGACAACUAACGUUAGAAAUGAAGCUUUAAUCAUGAAAUGGUAUCAUUCUUUUCAUCAGUUUCUGUUUGUUAGGUUUAGACCUUCUUUUCCUUGAAUUUAAUGUUUUAUUUGUUAAUUAAAUCCAGGUAUUCCACCAUUUAUUUUUAUUUAAAACACUUUUAAUUGUUAUAAACACUUAGAAGCAUCAUAAUUUUAUUGGUUCAGUAAAUUGUGUUCAGAACUACCUAGUCAAUGUUAUUUUUUAAUUGUUCCACAAUCUCAAUAUGUCAUUUCAAUUUUUUAACAUUCAGUUUGUUGAGUCUGUUCAGCUUUGUUUUGUUUUUGAAAAGCCGUAUAAAAUUUUAAAAAUAAGAAAUCUGACAUUAAUUGUUAUAAAUGUAAAUCAAAGAAUUUUUUAAUCAUGAUAUUGUAUUUUACACAAAUGGGAAACAGGAAUCAGGUAAGCAUUUUUUUUAACAAAAUGUGAGAAAAAAAGAAAAACAUUUUUUUUUUAUUCAUUAUGCAUUAGAAAUAACUAUAAAAAUAUGUUAAUGUUAAGUUUGUCUGCCAAAAUUUUAGACAAUCUAAAAAACUUGAUAGUUAGAAAAAAUAUAAAAGAUACUGUAAAAGAAUAGAUUGGAUUUGCAGCAUUGUAAAUUGUUGAUAUAUAGUUUUAAAAAAAUCAAGUUUAAGGAAUAUUUGAGAGAAGAACAGUUGCCCAAAGGGUCAAAUGUUUUUGUAUAGUGCUCUGUUAAUUUUGUCUUACAUGCUUCAUUUCAGUUUAUCAUUUAAGAAUGGAAAAAAAAUCAGGGAUUUCUAUGCAAUGUCAUUAUUUGAAUCAAAAUGUCAUUUUCAGUAAUUUGUGCAAUAUACUUUAAAGAUAGAAUCCCAUUGUUAUAUAAAUAAGUUGAACAGGUGUACAAAGGAACAUCAAUAAAUAAAAAUAUAAAAGAAAA